AUGGUUCAAUUAAUUAGAAGCAUUCGAGAAUGGAGGGAGAAGGACCAGGAGGAUAUUUCUCCUUUGCUUGGUUGGUCCUUUGCUUGGCUGGUCAUGCAUAGGAGAAUCCUUACGAAGGAAAGGACCUCAAAUUGGGGAGGAGACAAGCACUGUCAUAAUUGCACUAAUGUGACUGAAGAUGGCCUUCAUGUGUUGACGGAUUGUAGAAUGGUUGUUCAUGUGUGGAAAGCUUGCAACGAGAUUCAUGACCCUCUUUUCAGAAGACCCAGUAAUUCGAUCCUGGCUUUAUCCAGCUAUAUUAGCGAAUUUAAUACGGCAAGGACAACCCCAUCGCUUCAAAGUGCCCCCUCUAGUUCUAGUGGCCAGACCAGCUGGAGACCUCCUGGUCCUGGAUGGUGGAAAUUGAACGUAGAUGGUGCUGUUAAGACCAACCACAGAGUUGCUUCUUGUGGUGGGUUAGUGAGAGAUGACAAAGGUGGGCAGAUAACAGGUUUCUCCUAUUACAUUAGGAGCUGCUCUCCAUUGAUGGCUGAACUUUGGCCUAUUAUGAAAGGGCUGCAAAUUGCCUAG